CGCAGGGAUCAAUCCCAUCUCACUCGUUGGCUUGUCACACGCACACACAACAAAGGCAUACACACGAAGGCAGAUGGCCAAGGACGAAGAAAUGGCGGACGCCAUACUCAGCUCGGGAAGCAAGAAGCGCAGUCCCAACCGCCUCAUAGUCGAUGACGCCACCAACGACGAUAAUUCGGUCAUCUCCCUCUCUCCCGCAAAGAUGGAACAGCUGGAGCUAUUCCGUGGAGACACUGUCCUCAUCAAGGGAAAGAAAGGUCGAGAUACGGUCUGCAUCGUGCUUGCCGACGAAACCUGCGACGACACAAACGUGCGCAUGAAUAAGGUGGUGCGUAAGAAUCUACGCGUGCGCCUCGCGGAUGUUGUUACCGUCACGAGCUGUGGUGACGUGCCCUACGGCAAGCGCAUCCACAUUCUGCCCCUGGACGACACAAUCGAAGGCGUUUCGGGAAACCUGUUCGAUGUCUAUCUCAAGCCCUACUUUUUGGAAGCCUACCGUCCCGUCAAAAAGGGGGAUCUCUUCCUGGUUCGCUCCGCCAUGCACCCGGUAGAAUUCAAGGUUGUCGAAACGGACCCGGCACCCUAUUGUAUUGUCGCACCCGACACCGUCAUCCAUUGUGAGGGUGACCCGGUCAAACGUGAAGACGAAGAAAAGAUGGAUGACGUGGGUUAUGACGAUGUGGGUGGUUGCCGCAAGCAAAUGGCGCAGAUUCGGGAAAUGAUCGAGUUGCCCUUGCGUCAUCCGACUCUCUUCAAGACACUGGGUGUGAAGCCACCUCGCGGUGUCUUGCUGUACGGUCCUCCCGGCUCCGGAAAGACUCUCAUUGCUCGGGCUGUUGCCAACGAAACCGGAGCUUUUUUCUUUUUGAUCAACGGGCCCGAAAUCAUGUCCAAGAUGGCUGGUGAAUCCGAAUCGAACUUGCGCAAGGCUUUUGAGGAAGCAGAAAAGAAUGCUCCUGCCAUUAUCUUUAUCGACGAGAUUGACUCCAUUGCGCCCAAGCGUGAAAAAACCAAUGGCGAAGUCGAGCGUCGUAUCGUCAGUCAAAUGCUGACGCUCAUGGACGGCCUCAAACAGCGCGCCAGUGUUGUUGUCAUUGGGGCAACCAACCGCCCCAACGCCAUUGACCCGGCCUUGCGCCGUUUCGGGCGUUUCGAUCGCGAAAUUGAUAUCGGCGUGCCGGAUGAGAAUGGUCGUCUGGAAGUCUUCCGCAUUCAUACGCGAAACAUGAAAUUGGACGAAGAUGUGGAACCGGAGGCGAUUGCGCGGGAAACGCACGGCUUUGUUGGGGCCGAUAUCGCCGCACUCUGUACCGAAGCUGCCAUGCAGUGCAUUCGUGAAAAGAUGGAUUUGAUCGAUAUCGAAGAUGAACAGAUUGAUGCGGAAAUAUUGGACAGUAUGGCCGUCAGUCAGGAUCAUUUUCGACAUGCAUUGGCGCAGUCGAAUCCGUCUAGUUUGCGUGAGACGGUGGUCGAAGUCCCUAACAUUUCUUGGGAGGAUAUUGGUGGUCUCGAGCAAGUCAAGCGCGAUCUCAAGGAACUUGUUCAGUACCCUGUCGAGCAUCCCGAAAAGUUCGAAAAAUUUGGAAUGUCACCUAGUAAAGGUGUUCUCUUUUAUGGUCCUCCUGGUUGUGGUAAAACUUUAAUGGCCAAAGCUGUCGCCAACGAGUGUCAGGCCAAUUUCAUUUCCAUCAAGGGACCUGAGCUGCUUACCAUGUGGUUUGGAGAAAGUGAAGCAAACGUUCGCGAUGUGUUUGAGAAGGCCCGUCAAGCCGCUCCAUGCGUGCUCUUCUUCGACGAACUCGACUCUAUUGCCCAGCAGCGUGGAGGGAGUCAAGGAGACGGUGGUGGUGCCGCCGAUCGCGUCAUGAACCAGCUUUUGACCGAGAUGGACGGUGUUGGUUCGAAGAAGAACGUGUUCAUCAUUGGAGCGACUAAUCGUCCCGAUAUCAUCGAUACGGCUUUGAUGCGUCCCGGACGUUUGGACCAGCUUAUUUAUAUUCCGAUGCCCGACUUUGAGUCGCGCUUGUCGAUUCUUCGCGCGACGCUUCGCAAGAGUCCAGUAUCGAAGGAUGUUGACCUGAACUACCUUGCCUCGCAAACCGAUAAGUUCACCGGUGCCGAUCUUACGGAGAUUUGUCAAAGUGCGUGUAAAAUUGCCAUUCGAGAAGAGAUCGAGCGGGACAUUGAACGUCAGCGCAUGAAGCAAGAAGCCGGCGAGGACAUGGACGACGAAGAUGACGAGGUUGAAGAUCUCAUGCCGGAGAUAUUGCCAAAGCACUUUGAAGUCUCCGUUCGCAAUGCGCGUCGAUCUGUCUCGGACCGCGACCUGGCCCAGUACGCUUCCUUUGCGCAGACCUUGCAACAAUCACGGGCAGCCGUUUCGGGAUCGACCGGUGGCAGUCUCGCAACUUUUGCUUUUCCGGACGCUAACGCGGCUGUUGGCGUUGGAGCGGCGGCGGAAGACGACGAUGAUGAGGAAGACCUCUAUAGUUAGAUGAGACAGGUCAAGCCCGGAACGGCGAAGACAGGCACGUCCAUAAUAAUCUAACCUUAAAAGUUGAAAAAGAGAUGUAUGUAUGCA